CUGUAAAAAUAAACAAAGUCGAUCUAAACGUACGAACAGUUAAUUAGAAUAGAAUCUUCAAGGAGCAUCAUGAAAUCCAGCGCAUUUUCAAUUCACGUAUUUCAUCUCCUCGUCGCCGGCGCACUCUUCAUCAGCCCCUCGGCCGCCGAUGUCCCCCUAUCCCCCGCCCCAUCUCCGUGCCUGGCCGCCACAGAAAAUAAUGACACGGCCGAGUUCAUCCGUACGAGCUGCCAAAGCACGCUUUACCCGGAAAUAUGCUACCACUCGCUGGUCGCGUACGCGGGGAGCGUGCAACGGGACCAUGCCAAGCUGGCUCUGGCGGCCAUCGGCGUGAGCUUGAGAGGAGCCACGCAGGCGGCGGCUCACGUGAAGAGCCUCUCUGCUUCGAGCCAGGCGGCCACUAGCGCCGCCGCAGCCCUCCGGGACUGCUUCUCCGCGUUAAGGGACACGGUGGACCAAAUGCGGGAUUCGCUGGCCCAGAUGAGGCAGCUCGGCGGUGACACGGAGGCGCUGCGGUUCCAGAUUAGCAACGUGCAGACGUGGAUGAGCGCCGCCGAGACGAACGAGGACACGUGUUUGGACGGAUUUGAGAGCGUGGCGGAUGGGCCCCUCAAAACAGACGUCUGCGACCGCGUUGGGAAAGUCGUGCGGCUCACCAGCAACGCAUUGGCUUUGGUGAAUUACUUUGCUAAUUAACCACCCGUGAUCCCCCCGUCAAAAAAAAAAACAAAAAGAAAAACCACCCGUGAUAAUAGAUUGAGUUUUUAUCG